AUGGGCAUGGUCGUCGAUCUGCGUGAUAUUACCCAGGCGUACACACAGUCAAAAAGUAAGCUACAACGCCUGAUUGUUGCCAACCUGCCAGCCGAGAUGAGAGAUAAAUACCCACCGGAUUCGCUACUCCUUGUGGAAGGUGCCUUGUACAGGAUCCCUGAAGCCGGUGUACACUGGUUUGACACAUAUCAAUCCCAUCACAAGGACCGGCUGGGUAUGGAGACAUCCACGUACGACCCGUGCCUCCUCAUGACGACUAAAGGGAAGGAGAACUUUGGCCUUGUCGAAAGUUUUGCCGGAGAGGAACAAGUGGCUUUACAAGAAGCUGGCUUCAAGGCGAAGCCUAAGACACGCCUAUCCCAACAAGUGCCAAUAGAAUUUAAUGGCGCUAGAAUCACUUUGCAAGAUGAAAAGGUCUAUUUCCGCCAAAAGGGCCAAGCCGCAAAGAUAAAGCCAGUGGGCAAGGAAGACCGCGCACAAAAGUACGUGGAACAACGCGCGCGCGGUGCGUACUUAGCUUCAAUCUGCCAACCUGAAGCGGCGUACGACUUGGCAGUGGCCGCUCAGCUGCAGGAGAAAGACCGAUCUGAGGCAGAUUAUGACGCGUUGAAUAAACGUCUCAUAUGGCAAGCCGAGAACCCAGAUAGAGGUCUCUGCUUCGUUCCGAUUGAUUUGACCAAGGCCAAGAUCAUGAUAUUUACCGACGGUUCCUUCGCCAACAACCGGGACUUGACCUCCCAAAUUGGCUUCCUCAUUGCCAUGGUAAAUGAGGAUUUUUCCGAAUCAGGCCAAUUCACGAUAACCGGCAAUAUCUUGCACUGGGCUUCGUCUAAGUGCAAGCGGAUUACACGUAGUGUACUGGCCUCCGAGAUUUAUGGCCUCACUACUGGCUUCGACCAAGGUUUUACCCUGGCCAGUACAGUCAACAUGAUUACCAAGAGGCUCGGCCAGCCUGAGAUGCCGGUAGUAGUCUGCACAGAUUCCUACUCGCUAUAUGAGUGCCUCACGAAGCUUGGAACGACCAAAGAAAAGCGCUUAAUGAUCGAUCUCAUGGCGCUUCGCCAGUCAUAUGAGCGACAUGAGAUUGACGAGAUCUGA